AUGAUGCGGCCGCGGCUAUUACGCGCCUUCGGACCUAGCAAACCCAUCUCUUCUCUCUUACGACCACAACAAGUAACUACACGCCCAUUCUCCUCAACUUCCGGUCAACGGUACCUAAAAAAGUCCGGUACACAUCACAGAUUCGGUUCUCGCGGAUCAAAAAAGAAAGGAUCAAAAACGAAACAGGCAGCCCAGGACCGCGUCCCCCGCGAAAACCUCCCCUUUUCUGCAGCUGAAAAUUUCAGGCAAAGAGGCAAGAAGAAGACUCUCGUACCUGAAGUACCCGAUCGUGAAAAUGCCGUUUCCGAUCCAUUAAUUCCCAGUGACCCAUUGAUGCCCAGUCAAGAGGGAAUGAAGGCACUCUGGAAAGAUGGCAGACCACCCAAUGAGGCUGAGGCACCCAAGGAUUUACGGGGCAUAGGUGGUCAUAUCCGGUCCCUAUUUCGGACAACGUCCAUUUAUUACAAGAAUGGCAAUGCUCAGUCAGCUCAAGCCAUUGAAAAGGAAAGGCCAGCUCAAGCUGCAGCUGCGAAAUUCUUUCAGGAGCCGAGUGAGCUGCUUUACUCGGCGCCAUCCCAUAUCGAUCACAAGGAAAACGACCUCAUCCCUGAGAUUGUCAUUGUCGGGGCCUCCAACGCCGGCAAGUCACACUUUCUAAACGCGCUCGUCGGGGACUUUCGUCUCGCCAAGGUGAGCUAUCGGGCGGGAAAGACAACUACAAUGAAUGCCUACGGAGUUGGACCCCGGCCAAAGAUCGCUCCCGAGCUCAUCCGCAAGGGUGAUGCUCCCCCCAAGCAUAGCCUUGUCCUCAUGGAUACGCCAGGUUAUGGAUACAGGAGUAAGGCGAGUUGGGGCGACACAAUCGUCAAGUAUCUCAUCCACAGGAAGACGCUACGAGGCGCCGUCAUUUUGAUCCCCGCCGACAAGGAUAAUUAUGGGUUGGACACAUGGAUGCUCAAGACACUUGCUCGAACAAUGACGAGGACUCUGGUCGUGAUCACCAAGACGGACAAAUGUGGCGAAGAAUGGCCGACUGAAUGCCUCGCUCUCUCCGAAGAAAUCGAAAAGGAGCUGGAAAGGCAGGAUAGACUUGCCCCUGGAAAGUGGAGAGAGGGAUCGGAGCGCAUAACGAGUAUAUAUGCUACGGCAGCCGGGAUGAAGACACAGCGCCGGAUGGGCAAUGGAGCCGGAAUUGGGGGGGUGCGCCUCGCAAUCCUCGAACUCGCUGGAUACGGUGGUGUUAAAGGGAGAGUUGAGAAGCAGGACGAGACAAAGGCCUACACUGGGGAAAUUGUUUCCUUCGAUGAUAUCGUAUGGAAAACCUAA